AUGUCUAAACCUGCUUCUGUUACAUCGACCCAACACCAGCCGACCCACUCAGGCGAGUCUGAACAACUUAAAGUCGAACAUGAACACGCUGAAAAAAUGAUUAUCACUAUAGAAGAUGAAUUUGAUGAAUACAAUGAAGAAGAGGAUGAAGACUAUCAAGAGGGACAGGAAGAGCUUGUUGAAGAAGACGAAUCAGAAGAAAGUGACGUAGAUUCUGAAGAUACUCGAAUUGAUCCUGAAGAGGUCCAGGAACUUAUUCGAACAGCUGUCGCGCCACUUCCAAAUCUGUUCAAAGAGCAACUUCUUGAUCCCACCGUUACGAUCCUUCGAGACGGCAAGAAAAUUGCUUCUCCGAUGAAGAACACUCAAGACAUUGAUCAAAUCACCGAACAGUUCAAAGCGAUGCUUACAAAUAAUAGAUAA